AUGAGAAACGAAGACACCGAUUUAGAGUUCAGCUGGAAGUUCAUCAACGAGAACGAUGGGGAUGACGUUUUAAGCAGCAGUAGUGCUAACAGCAGUGACAUCUGCGAGACUGAAAACGAUGUGUCGCAAAUUAAUAAGCGGUCAUUAGAGUUACCUGUCUCUGAAUCGAAGCAAGAGGAGACUAAUCUAUCAGGUGCCGAAGUGAGUGGUAACGAAGAGAGGAGCCUGGCCACAAACACUUAUUUGCUUAUCUGUGUUGGUAUUGGAAUUACUAUCUUGCUUGAGAGUGUGGCAUUGUUAUACUUUAUACAUUUUGAAAAAUAUAGUUUCAAGAAACACGAUGAAGGCAGUGGGGCAAACCCUUACAGACAAAAUUUCGAGACCAUAGUGGAUUACAUAAGGCCGGACGCCAAGGAUAAUUUCCACUAUGAAGGCUAUUUACAACAGCAACUGGAUAAUUUCAAAACGGGCAAAUAUUAUAUUGAUUUUGAGAAAAAUAUAGCCAUUCCAUUAAAGAAUUCAACGAAAAUAUGGCGGUUAGGCGGUAAAAUAGAAAACUUCAACCAGUUUCAAGCAGGGUAUGAAGACGUAUUUGAAUACGAUUUCGAGAAAGAUGUCGAACAAAUAUUGAAGUUAAUCUACGAAGAUUUGAACCUUAUUUGGAUUGUGACGAAGACCACAAUUAACCACUCUGCAUGGCUCAACAACACGAUAAAGUUACUAACCAACAUAUCUAGCAAACUCGAUCAUUGGAAAAUAAACAUCUACGAAAAAGUAUCAUAUUCCCUAUAA